CAGUUCUUAGGGACAUUCAAUUUCGUUGGGUAUGUGCAAGUGAAGUGGCAUUUCACUGUCAUGCCGCAUACUAACCUCAAAAAUUCGAAUAAAAUAUCUUAAAUCUAAUCUGAAAUCAAACGGGAGUUUCCUGAAAAUACUAGUUCCAGGCCGAAGCUUUCUGAAACGAGAUAACAGUAUGACUGAUAUUGAGGAACUCGAACACCGUAGAAUAAAUGGAGCCCUUUUUCCUCCCAAUAAAGGAAUGGAGCCCAGAACAUUAUUUUCAAAACAACCUGUCCUUUAUGACCAUUUGCUUUUUUUAGAUUUUGAUGAAAACGGAAAUUCAAUUCUUGGCUGCUCAGAUCUAACUGGAACUUUCUGGGAAGGAACUUUGUUCUACUUUGAUAAAAAAAAUAAAAUAGAAGAGUUUGAUUUUUCGAGCUACUACAUACACACAACUACAUCAGAUGGGAAAUUUGUGAACCAAAAUACAAUUGCUCUAGCUGAGGAUACUGGGCAUCUAAAUAUUGUUUCAGUAGAUACGUCACAGGAAGGCAUUACGCUUAAAUCUACAGCUAGUAUCAAAGUUAUAGAAAGAAUUCCACAGCUAGCAGUAUGGGAUAAUUCUGACAAAGUUUUAUGUUGUUCUGGAAGGACAGUUACCAUUGCAGAUGUGAAUGCAGAUAAAAUUGAAACACGCAGAAAUAUUCAUCUAGAAAAUAUAAUGACUGUGGAUAGUUUGAAGUCAAACACAAAUAUAUUUGCAUCUGGAGGUAGAGAUAGGAUUGCAUGUACUUGGGACCUCAGAGAAGAAAAACCAUCAGGUUUGUAUGCCCAAUAUCGAUACUUCCGCGUAACAGACGAUCUGCGCGACCUAGGGCACUCAAACUCGCUCCGCUACGCGCUGCCAGAUGUCUGCUCAGCUCCUAUUCACACAAGGGUGAGCUGAGCGGUUUAAUCGAAUGGAAUAGAUGUAUGUAGUAGAUACUCUCAUUCUCUGUUACUAUUAAAUUAAUAUUGUACUGUCGAUAAGAAUAAUUGAUUUCUGUUAAUGUCCUUAUCAAACUUGUGAAUCAGGAUGUGGUUUGUAAAAAGGACCUAUAAUCCAAGUACGUUUCUAAACCUCAUAAUAAGUCAUUGCAUUGUAGAUCAAAUAAUUUUUAUACUUAUUUGAAGCUCAACGAAUGCAAUUAUAAGUAAUGAAUUAUGGAUUUAUUUGAUCGAAUGUUUCAUGACUAUAAAAUUGAUACCAUAACUCUCAGCUCUCUUUGGUUUACCUCAACAUAGUAUAGGGUAUUAAAGUAGUUGCAUUUCAGAUUUUCUAACUAUCAAAUAUUGUGUAAAACAAAAAUGAUGUCCAGAUUGGGAGAUGCCACAUUUAUCAUGCAUUCUCUUCAUAAUCAUGAUGAGAAUAUCAUCGUGUAAUCAUUUUUUUUUUUUCAGUUCUGUAUGUCAAUGAAUUCUCAUCUGUAACCAGUGUUGCUUGGAAUCAACAGAGUGACAACUACAUCAUGGUUGGGGUUCAAGCAGGAGACAUAUAUUUAGUAGAUAAAAGAGAAACUAACAACUUUGUGACAGUAUUCACCUGUUUUGACGCACCCGUGAGUCGAAUAGCCUUCAAAGAUUCUUCAGAGUUCGCAGUUUGUGGCGAGACGAAAGAGGUGUUAGUACUGUCAUGUGAAGAUACCUGUUUGGAGACGAUUUACAAAUACGAUGAACACAAGGAUCAUGUGAAAGAUAUAAAAUGGCAUAAUUCCACAUUAUACUCCUGUGGUUUUGGGAAAUGUCUGUUAAAGCAUGGAAUGGAAGAAUAGUUAUAUUUUUAGUACUGAUAAGCCUAAAAUGUACUUUUUGUAUUCAAGACAAGUAAAAGC